UCUCCUCAAUUUGACACUUGCAUGAUAAUGGAAGUUGGUGGGUGUUCGUAUUAGUUUAUAUUUUAGUUUGUUUCUUUUUGUUUAGUUAUUUUGUAAAAAUGAUAUCACGAAAAGGCCAAAAAGCUAAUGUAAAUGAAGGUGUUGUCGGAAAAUACAUAAAGAAAGACACUCCUCCGGAUUUACCAAUUAUAAAUGUGUGGACGACGGGACAUAAUCGGAGGCCGAAGAGUCAGCCUUUUGGCGCCAGUGACGUGGGGUCCCAGAGCCAUGAGAACAAGUUCGGGAAGGCGCAGACAAUGAGCGGUCAUGCGGGCAAGUACACGCCCAGCGAGUCAGUGCCCAAUUUAGCGAGCAGGUUUGCUAAUUUGUCCACUAAUGAAUUGCCUAUGCCAGGUCCAUCAAAUGCUACAGUCAACUACAACUCUCAACAGUACUUACUGGAAUCUAAUCUGGCUUCACAAUCAACACUGAAUGACAUGGACGACUCAUUUAGCAGACAAACAAGCUACAGAUACUACCGACAGCAGCAGGAGGAUCCUAUUUAUCAGAAUCAACAACAGGUUCAGCAACAAAAACAGCAACAGUACGGCUCCCGCGAGUCCAGCAUGCCGCGCCUGUCUUCCAACCUGAGCCUCACCCCGCGGCUGCAUCCGCCUUCACCACACACGGCCGUUCGACUCCAUACAUGUAGCGAUUCAUAUACGACGGGCAGCCAAUCUUCACCAAUAUACUCGAACUACGUGAACACGUCGGCGAUUCCGUAUCCUCCCAAAAGCCACGGAAGCAGUAUCAUCUCUACAAGCAAAGGGUCAGACGAGUGUGAGCUGCCGCUGCCGCCGGGCUGGUCCGCGGACCGCACGCUGCGCGGCCGCCGCUACUACAUGGACCACAACACGCAAACCACCCACUGGACGCACCCGCUCGAGAGCGUGCCGCAGCCCUGGCAACGCGUCUCCACGCCGCAUCAUGGCGUCUAUUACUUCAAUGAGAUCACUCACCAAACGACGUACGCGCACCCGUGUCUAGUCGGCGGCUGCUACCUGGUCAGCCCAUUCGUUCCUACCCUCGUCCCGCCAUACUUGCUAGAAGAGAUACCGCACUGGCUAAUUGUGUACUCUAAAGCCGAUCCAGAACUGGAUCAGAAGCUGCGCUGGAGCAUGUUCCGGCUGAGCGAGCUGGAUUGCUACUCCGACAUGCUGACGCGCCUCUACAAGCAAGAGUUGCAGCUGAUUGUCAUGAAAUAUGAGCAGUACAGAUCUGCAUUACUACAAGAGCUAGAGAGGCGGCGGCAUGGCCGCGCCAUCGCUUGCCACGCACACAACAACUGCUAACCUGCACCGAUCUGCCUUAUUGAGCUGUGAUCUUAAUCAUAAGGAUACUAUUUAAAUAUCUGAUUGUUCCUCAAUCACUUAUUAUAAGUAUAUCAGAAUAUAAUGUAAAAUGACGAACUAUUUUCCUAGUGAACUUAUACUAGACUGAAAUGAAA